UGUGAAUCCACACACUCCGUCAGUAAUACAAACAGAGUCGUCGUGCGUGUAGCCUGAUAUGCAUAACGCAUAUUUUGAUUUGUCACCAACAAUUUACCUCCAAACACGUUAUUGCGCGACGGACUGUAGUAAAGACAAUUGUUCAAUAACGUCGCCGAAAGUGCAUUCUAUAAACAGUGAUAAAAAUUGAUUUUUAGUGUAAAAACUAGUGCACAAAGUGUUCCAACACGAGGACAGUGUGGACGAGCGGCCCUUACAGGGCAUGGCGGCCACGACAUACUUGCAAGCGAGUAGUGCGGUAACGACAGAUCUGGACGGUAACGUUGUUGGAAUGAAUAUUGUAGGAGGAUAUCAUUCGAAUGCCUCUCCGAGGUCGGCUGCCGACGCGAGCGAGAUGAAGUAUUUGCCUCAACACAACCAUCAUCACCAUAUAGCGAGUUCGCCCUCUCCCAGCGGACAUGCAGCAGCUGUUUCACUAUCGGCAAACCCUUGGGUGGGUAUACCACACGGAGAUCCCUGGGCAGCUUCCAUGGCGGGUAUGCAUCACGCGCAUCAUCACCACCCGCACCAAGACGUGAAACCGUUGACGCAACAGAGCGAGAUGAUGCACCACCAGAGACAACAGCAACAGAGUAUGGGCUCACCACACGGUUGGCACGGACACGUGUCUUCGGCCCACUACAACCCCGGAGGUACCGCGUCUCCUCUUCAGCAAUACCACGCGGCGAUGAACGGGAUGCUCGCUCACCACCAGCCGCCCCAAUUGCACCACUCGUUGCACCGGGACAUGCAGAGUCCGCAUCAUCCCCAGCAUUCGGAGAGAGACGUGAGCGGAGGCGAAGACGAAACGCCCACGAGCGACGAUCUAGAGGCCUUUGCCAAACAAUUCAAACAACGACGAAUCAAGCUUGGCUUCACGCAGGCUGAUGUCGGUCUAGCACUGGGGACAUUGUAUGGCAACGUUUUCUCACAGACCACAAUAUGUAGGUUCGAAGCGCUGCAGCUGAGCUUCAAAAACAUGUGCAAGUUGAAACCUCUUUUGCAAAAGUGGCUCGAGGAAGCGGACUCGACAACGGGCUCGCCGACGUCCAUAGACAAGAUCGCGGCGCAGGGCAGAAAGAGAAAAAAACGCACGAGCAUAGAAGUAUCCGUGAAGGGUGCGCUAGAACAGCAUUUUCACAAGCAACCGAAACCCUCUGCUCAAGAAAUAACCUCCCUCGCGGACAGUUUGCAAUUAGAGAAGGAAGUCGUGCGAGUGUGGUUCUGCAACAGGAGGCAAAAAGAAAAGCGGAUGACGCCUCCUAACACCUUGGGAGGCGACAUGAUGGAAGGUAUGCCUCCAGGAAGCCACAUACACCCCGGCUACGGCCACCACCCGGACAUGCACGGGUCGCCCAUGGGACAGCAUUCGCACUCCCACAGCCCGCCGAUGUUGUCCCCCCAAAGCAUGGGCCACCAGUUGACGGCCCACUAGCAUCCAGCCCACUGGGCCUCCUUGCUGCACAACAGUGACAACGGCUAGUGAUAUAUCCUAAGACACGCGCGAUCGAUUUCCGUCGGCUCUUGAAACUCCUUUUCACGCUACCUCAAAGCCAGGAUGGGUUAUACUGUGUUUCCCCCCGUAUGUCGUUGUGGAGGUCCUCGGUGGAGUAAGAACAAUAAAUCAUACGCCCUGUGAAGUGCGAGUGAGUACCUUUAGACUAGAGGACCGCGUACGUUUUAUCUGUAUAUUAUUUGUAAAUAAGAAGAGUGAUAAAGAUGCCUGGAAGAAGGGGCACUGUAAUAUAUUAUUUUAGGAUAAAUAUGCAACGUUGUAUAUAAAGAUUUCAAGUACCGGUCCAAUAGUAGAAAAAUCGUGAUUUAUACUUAAAUACCUAUACCGGAACGGUUGUCGAUAUACAAAUUAACUGUAAGUUUUUAAUGUACAGAAUGUCGUAUAUAUGAAAGUUGUUCUUAUGUUGUUAUAAUAAUUAUAUCAUUAUUAUUUCUGUUCAAACGUCGUCAAGUUGAACUUUAAAAUUUUUCUUGGAUCCGUACUGUAACUAUUGAAAAUUUCAUCGAGGAUUUAUUUCAUUUGUAUAUUUAUUAUUUUAUCAAUUACCUAUAUCGUUGUACGGUGUGACAUUAAAACUAUUUCGUUUUUAAAAAA